ACUAUAUUAUUGUUACGGCCUGAAACAUUAUUUAAAAAAUCCCAUGGGCACAUAUCUAAAGUACAGCAAAGCAUGUUGGCUGAACGGCCGAAUACGUACUAUAUAUACUAAUAUGUGAAUACCAAAAUGCAGGAGGGCUGAAUCAAAAACUCAUCAAAGGGAUAAGGUUCCCCAAUUCCUGUUCGUGUGUGGUGGCCAUGGCAAACCAGCACCGCAGGUUCUUACAUAGGAGGAUGCCUCGCGUCGCACCUGCGUGCUCUGCUGCCGUUGUGCAGAGAUUCAUUGUGAAUCGCUGCCGCAGCGUGCCGGCCAUCGCGCCCAGCGCUUCGCGUGCUGGAGGGCACCAGUUGCUGCCACCACGCCUGAUGGCGUUUCCGUCCCGUGGUCGCUCCACUGCGUCAUCGAGAGGAGUGAGGCUGCGGCUAGCCGUACGACGCCGCCAUGCGCUUGAGGGCGCCUCGCGUGGCCGCGUGGGUUGUGGACCGUGUCGUCGGCUCAUGACUGCCUCGUCCGCGCCGAGCCGGACGGAGCGCCGCGCUAUUCGCGUUGGAGGCCGGGGAGGACUGGCUGAGGCCCGAGGGUCGUGGCCUGGGAUGCCAUCGCGCCUGAGGGCGUCCUCGCCCGACGUGGUCGACCGCCGCGGCGCCGCCAUCCCCGGUUUAGGAUGGUGCGACGCGAUGUAUCGCCGCUGCUGCCAAGCCGCGUCGAGCGCCGAGAGGUCGCGGGUGCCGCCAUUGGUGGCAUGAGAUGUUUGCUGUUGUGCUACGAGUCGUGUCCAGAAGACCAGAAGGAUCAUCCGCUCAACAAAUGUGGUCAGCCUCCGCCACGGGCCGCCGAGCGUCGGAGGACGCUGCAUGCGCCGGCCUUGGGUUGUGGUCACCACCACCGUUCACAGAACGAAGCUCUGACAGGUGUUGGUUGCGCGCGCACCGGUGUGAACAGUCACCCCCACUGGAAUCUUCAUGCUGCAGGAAGAAUCUCGUCGAAGGGGCCGUGGCCGCGUCGGCACGAAGCCCUUCGUCGGGAUCAGCCGGGCGCCGCAUCUCACCGGAGAAUUGCCUUCGUACUACUUUUCUUCUUUUGUUUUCUCUUGGCCUGAUGCUCUCGAUAGAGACAUAGUGCGUGAUAACAUGUGAGAGUAAAACGGGAUUGAAUAAAGUGAAUGAACGAUUAGUCCUGUUUC